AUGGGACUGAUGUUUGUGGCUUCUUUCGGGAUUCCCGCGCAGUGGUUUACCACCAAGCGCAGUCUUGCCAGUGGAUUUGCGACCUGUGGUAGUGCCUUAGGGGGCCUCAUAUACAGCCUAGGCGCAAAUGCUAUGAUCGAAAACAUCAGUCUGCCCUGGGCGUUUCGUAUCCUCGCUAUCGUUUCCUUCGUCGUCAACACCGGAAGCUCCCUACUACUUCGUGACCGCAAUACGCAGACCAAAAAUCGGCCCGCCAUAUUUGAAAUUCGUCUCUUAAAGAACUACAAUUUCCUUUUAGUUCUCCUUUGGGCUGCUUUCAGCUUGAUCGCUUAUACAAUUGUGCUGUUUUCGAUCCCCGACUACGGAGAGAGCGAAGGUCUUUCAGCGGACCAAGGGGCGCUGCUAGGGGCACUGGUUAACCUUGGGCAGGUGGUGGGGCGGCCGGGAGUUGGCUUUUUGAGUGAUCGAUUUGGCCGUCUGAAUGUGUCCUCAGUGAUGACCUUUCUCUCAGGCCUCCUUUGUUUCAUCUUCUGGAUAUUUGCCAGGGAGUAUGUGUCUAUCCUAGCCUUUUCGCUGGUCAUUGGUUUGUUCGUCGGGACCUUCUGGGCCUCUUUGGCUCCCAUUGUUGCUGAGGUGCUAGGACUGCAUGAAACAAUCAAUGGGCUGAACAUUUGCUGGAUGGUUCUGGUAAGUCCAGUUACUGUUUGCGAGAUCAUUGGCCUAGUUCUGCGAAAGCCCGGCGGGAAUGAAUAUUUACAUGUCCAGAUCUUCACUGGCGCACUGUAUGUGGCUGCCUCGCUUUGUUUGCUCCUCCUGCGUAGGCAGAUGGUGCGAAACCGUGACCUGAGCAAACCCGGCGCCGCUGGACUUAUAUUUGGAUUCACCAAACUGUGA